AAAAUAUUAGAGCUUCGUCCUGAUCCAAAAGCUAAAAAGAAAGAAAAAAAAAACUCCAACAAGAAAACUUUGAAUUAUGAUGUUAAGGAUAUGGAAAAAAAUAUAUUUCUUCUAAGAUCCACACCCAAAAAAAAAGGCACUUUGGUAGAAAUUCUCAACAGCAAGAAGAUCUGGAAAACUACUAGAAUUAAAAAUCGAUAA